CUUGGGAGAAACUGCUGCUUUUCUUUCCCUCAGGAGUGUGACAUGGCGUCUCCGUGCUUUGUGGGUCAUCGGACGUGCAAACAGGCCGUCGGGAGCCAAGCUCCGUUUGCAGGAGACUCACUCAGAAACGCUGGGGAGGGUGCCGUGGAGUGCAAGACCGAGGGAGAAGGAAAGCACCAACACAGCUUGAAUCUGCUGAACACAGUUAAGAGCAUGAGGGACCUGGCGGAAAUGGUCGACGUUGUCCUCAUAGCGGAAGGGGAGAGGUUUCCUUGCCACAGACUGGUCCUGGCUGCGUUUAGUCCUUACUUCAAGGCGAUGUUCACCUGUGGACUCGCCGAGUGUUCUCAGAGGGAGGUCGUGCUCUACGACACCACGGCGGAAAGUGUGUCGGUGAUACUAAGGUACAUGUACGAGGCGGCUUUGGAGAUCAGCAACGCCAACGUGCAGACUGUGGCGAUGGCCGCCUAUUUCAUGCAGAUGGAGGAGGUCUUCGGUGUGUGUCAGAAGUACAUGAUGGACCACAUGGAUGCCUCCAACUGUGUAGGCAUCUACUAUUUUGCAAAGCAGAUCGGAGCUGAAGAUUUAGCCGAUCAGUCGAAGAAAUAUUUAUAUCAGCACUUUGCUGAGGUGAGCUUACACGAAGAGAUACUAGACAUUGAAGUGCACCAGUUUCUGACGCUUAUCAAAUCGGAUGACCUGAACGUGUCCAGAGAGGAGGGCAUUCUGGACUUAGUUCUGAGGUGGGUAAACCACGACCAGCAGCCACGCUCACCGCAUCUUGUGGAGCUUUUGAAGCAAGUUAGGCUGCAACUGAUCAGUCCUUCUUUUUUAAGACAAGCCCUAAAAAGGAACACGAUGCUUCUGUGUGAUGCUGACUGCAUUGACAUCAUUCAAAACGCAUUCAAAGCCAUCAAGACCCCUCAGCAGCACUCACUCAACCUCCGCUAUGGCAUGGAGACGACCAGUCUUUUGCUUUGCAUUGGCAACAACUCUUCAGGAAUCAGGUCACGACGCAGGAGCUACGGGGACGCCAGUUUUUGCUACGAUCCUGCCUCGCGCAAGACCUACUUCAUCUCAUCUCCCAAGUACGGGGAGGGGCUGGGCACCGUGUGUGCCGGCGUCGUCACGGAAAACAACACCAUCAUUGUGGCUGGAGAGGCAAGUGCCUCUAAACUCUCCAGACAGAAGAACAGGAGUGUUGAAAUCUACAGGUAUCAUGAUAGAGGAAACCAAUUUUGGGAGAAGUUGUGCACAACUGAGUUUCGAGAGCUCUAUGCCCUGGGCAGCGUCCACAAUGACCUCUAUGUUAUCGGAGGGCAGAUGAAAAUGAAAAAUCAGUAUCUCAUUACAAACUGUGUUGAUAAGUACUCUGUGAAGCAGGACAGCUGGAAAAGGGUGUCUCCCCUUCCUCUACAACUGGCGUGUCACGCUGCGGUCACGGUGAAUGACAAACUUUAUGUGAUCGGAGGCUGGACCCCUCAGAUGGAUCUUCCUGAUGAAGAGCCUGAUCGAUUAAGCAACAAAGUGCUGAAGUACGACCCCAGCCAAGAUCAGUGGGCGGAGCGGGCACCCAUGAAGUACGCGAAGUACCGAUUCAGCACAGCGGUGGUCAACGGCGAGAUCUAUGUCCUGGGUGGGAUCGGCUGCGUAGGUCGAGACAAGGGCCAGGUUCGCAAGUGCCUGGACGUGGUGGAGAUCUACAACCCCGACGGGGACUUCUGGAGAGAGGGCCCGCCUAUGCCAAGCCCCCUGCUCUCACUUCGAACCAAUUCUACCAGUGCCGGCGCCGUGGACGGGAAGCUGUACGUGUGUGGGGGAUUCCACGGAGCAGAUCGCCAUGAGGUUAUCUCCAAAGAGAUACUGGAGCUGGACCCCUGGGAGAACCAGUGGAAUGUUGUAGCGGUCGACGUCCUCAUGCACGACAGCUAUGACGUCUGCCUGGUGGCCAGGAUGAACCCCCGCGACCUCAUUCCCCCGCCUUCAGAUUUGGUGGAAGAAGGUGGGGGGCACUGAGGUUGGCAUCGCUGCGGGACCUCCUGUGGUGUCUGCAGAGGCACCAGGAAGGGGGAGACCAUGGCACCUGUCUGUCACCCGUAAUGUGCAUUGCAUGCGUAGUGGCCCCGUGCAGGGCAGCAUGUGCUGGGCGCUGCAGAGGGAGUGUGCAGAGUCCCCUCAGGGACCUAGGGUUUGCAGUAUCUUCCCCAGGGCUGGAAGGUGGGGAUGGAGCUGCCUGCUUCAGUCCACUUCCAGAAUAUAAUUUAGGGAUGACAUUUAAACAACACAUGGGGAAAUUUCUUACUGUCUAUACCUCUGGAAGCAGGUGGAUCCAAAGAAAGCAUUUUGGUAGCUGUUCUUCACCAACUUCUCAAGAGUUUCACGGCACAAGGCUGUUUUCUAAGCAGGAAUGGUCAAUAAACUCCCCAAACUCUCCCCAGGGAGACGACCCCAGACAAAGGAGUCCUCUCUGGAGUAGAACCAUGUGACUGUGGUGACCUUUAGCCUGUGUCCCCAGGUUCCAGCUGCUCAUCCGUGCAGGAGAGGCAGGUCCAUGGACCCUGGAGCCAGAUGGAAACCUGUGUCUGCCAACAUGGAGGGGUCGGUGAGACCCCGGGUGGGUGGUCUUGAGAAAGCUAGACUCCAGGAGGGCCGGGCCACGCCUGCCUGUCUGCAGCUGCACCCUAAGGGCCGUGGGCAGGUCUUCUGGUGGCCGGUGGGGCAGCAUUGCUCACUCUCUGUCUCCGAGGAUGCCCAGGAGUCUGCGUGAAGCUGAGCUAACUCUCCUCCCUGGUGGAGGGUUACACUCUGUGAUUCAUUUUCUUGGUGACGAAGCCCCCACAGGUCUCUGCCUCCUCCACAUCCUCUUAAGGGAACCAUUGCACCCGCUCCUCCCACGUGACCCCAGAGGGAGCCGCCCAGCCCAGGUCAGGGCGGCCUCGCUGGCGGGGCGUGCGAAUUUCUGAUGCACUGGGUUUGGGAUCCAGGCUCUCAUCCCAGCUCUGCUGCUUAGCACAGGAUAAACGUUCUAAAGCCUCUUCCUCCUCCUGUGCAGAAUGGGAAGAAAAGCAUCUGCAGGGCUGACUGAGUGAGAAAACGCUGAGCCCAGGGCCUGCGAGACGCUAAAACAAGAAAUGCUCUUUAGCGGCAGCUACUUUCAUUUUCAUUAUUCUCGUGGUCAGCGUUUCCCACAGCACAGCACCCAGAACACCCAGUCCUGGGUGGGGGGAUCUUGGGGUUUUGGAGGAGGGGGAUGUGCACAGGCUCUGAGACGGCUCUUGAGCCCCAGCCCCUCGGCUCCGCCAGGUCCAGGUCGGGUGCUGACGAACCUGAGUGUCUUGUAAGCCCUCUGAGUGCUGCUUCUCUGACGGUGUCUGAUUCUGCCCCCCUCCUCUUGGAUUCGGUUGGAGACUCAGCUUUAGACGUCUUGCCGUCACUCCCCUUUCCCCUUUAACUGACGGCUGUCCCCACACGGCAUGGAGGACUCUUACACAACUGGGACUAUUUGCCAGUUCUCAUCUUUGGGAGACAGGACGGUCUGGCGCUGAGGAGGGGCGCACGGGGGGCUGUGAGCUGGACGCUGAGGCUGACAGAAGCUGCAGCUGCCAGCCACGCCCGGUUCAGUUUGUGCUCACCAGGGAGGUGCCACUUUCUCACUGAUAAACUUCACAACAAGCAAACGGUUUAAGAGGAAUCAUAAGUCCAUUAAUAAAAGAUUGCCUGCGUUUUGUUUUU